ACAUACGGUGAACCAGUCUGUGUUGAACAACAAGUAAAAAUGUAUCGGACAGCAGUGGUCGUGUUUAUUGCGCUGGCGUCUUACGUGUCUUGCGGCGCGCGAAUCAACCGAGUCCUUCCUUUGGACAAGCCUUUGGUGGGGGUUUACAUUAUUCAGAAUCGUUUACACGUAAAUAAAUGCAAUCCGGACAAAGUCCCGCAUCCCGUCCUCCCGCGGGACGAUCUAAGCAAGCCUGUGAACGAGAGAUAUCCCUCAGCUGUGCUCUUUGGAAAGACGUGUGGGGGAACCAUCAUUGGUGAUAAAUGGAUCUUAUCAGCUGCUCACUGUUCCAUUGGUUACAGUACUCUCUUCACAAGAGGGCGCGAAAUAUUGGCGGGAACAAACAACACUGAAGAUGGCAGCGGAAUCAAAGCCCGCGUAAAGAAACUGCACAUUCAUCCGCGAUUCUCUGUUGGCCCCUACUGGCUGAAUACAGAUAGCUACAACAUCAAACAGGUAGCUGCGCGAUGGGACUUCCUGCUGGUCGAGUUAGAAGAGCCCCUGACCCUUGAUGGCAAGAUCUUUGCAGCAUCACGUCUAGAUGACGCUACGUACCACCAUCCUGGGGAAACCGUCGGCUUCGCUGGAUACGGCACUGCUACACAUGGGGACGUAAUGCGGCCAGACAUGCACGCGAUGGAUUUAGAGGUGCUUUCUGACUCGGACUGCGGAGAACUGGUGGAGUACGAUUCACAGGACAUGCUCUGUGCCACGGGAAGACCGCCUCGUUAUGAUACUGCUUGUAAUGGCGACAGUGGUAGUGGUCUAAUCGACGAAUCAGAGAAGCUUAUUGGUGUAGCUUCAUGGGUUGAAGACGACGCGCGUGAAUGUAGACCAAAGGCCAAAAUCUACUUCUCCAGGGUAUCUGCUGCCAGACCCUGGAUUAAAGAAAUAGCUGGCAUUUAAGCCGCGUCUAAACCAAAGAUAUAUUAUAGUACUUAAUUUAAAUAUUUUUGUAGAUUGGUGAUAGCCAAUGAAGGCAAAAAAUUUUCUACGUCUUAACUGCAAUUUGCAGUCAUAUGACAUUCCAUAUUAGGAUAACUUAAAAUAAUUGUUAUUUUAAUUAUAAGUGACCAUAAAUAGACGUACAGCCAUUUUUUCUGUUAAAAUUUAGGUACUACAACAAGAAUGCGAACAAAUAGUAUUGGUUCGCUAUUGAUUUGUAUUGUAAGAAACUAAGCAGAACUCAUGACAUUAGGAAUCAAAAGUUUAAAAUUUUAAAAGUUGAGCUCUAACAAUGUAUUAAUUGUAAAACAUGUCGAAGUACACAUUUGUUGUUUAUCUUGCGUAGAAGUUGGAACUAGCUAGUCAUUUAAAUUUCACUUAAUUAUAUUCGAAUCCACUAGAAA